GAUUGCUAAAGUCGACGUUGGGUUGACGUAGGUACGUGGUACUGAUAAUAACCCAAGUCAACCCCCUGAUAAUAGAACAACGGUACAAGUGCGUUUUUUAAAUUUAGUUUAAUAUUCUAAUGGGGGAUUACAAGUUCAGUGUCAAUUCUAGUGUAGUGACUUCUGUGGAUUUUCCUGUGAGUACGUCCAACUCCCUAUUUUUCACCACUCCUACUUCAGUGCCGGACAGCUUAGCCAAUUUCCAACACCCUUCAAUUAUGCAAGAUGACUUAAUCAUCGAAAAAUCGUCGCGCGUCAUCAAAACCCAAAAUGAUGUGAACGAAGAUCUAUCCAAAUCCAAAGACGACUGCAUAUCUUUAGUUAAUAUCGGGAACGGUACGAGUGAUAAGCCUAACGAUCAGAAUCAAGUAGGAACUGUUGUUUCAGCACCGUUGCAAUUACCAAGUGGCUUUGCUGUUUCCGAACCGGUUAUCAAUUCUACUAACUCUACGUCAGGUACUCUCUGGUCAGCUGCUCCAAUCGAAGACACACUCAUGCAUAGCUUGAAUGUGCCCGGUGUCAACGGCACCUUAACGUUUCAGAAUUUUCCUCAGACGAAUCCUAAUACCCUCUACAAUUCUAGUCUCGGUCCGCAGAUCUCCGGACUGUCCCAGUCGCAGCAGCAGCAACGCCGUGCUAUUACUGCUACUCAUAAUUUCCCGCAUAAUCUUUCGCGACAUAUGCAGCAGCAAAACCAUCCUCAGAAUCUGUUCAUGGCCAAUAAAAGUUAUUCGACAUGGUCGAAUCCUCAGCAGAACACCACUUGGUCUACGAUGACUCAGAGCCCUGCUAAUAUCACCAGUCUCUCGUCAUGGAACCGCGGUCGCUCAGUCCCGAAUUUGAAUCCACUCCAACAGUUGGCUAACCGUAAGCCAAGCCCCACGUUCAGUCAGCACUCCGGUAUGGUGAUUUCGCCUAAGUUUCGUCGCAGUACUUCGUACCCUGGAAAAAAUUUCCUCCCGCAAAACCCAGGCUUUGACGUGACAACCAUCGACGAAAACCGGGAUCUCCUUGCUUAUCAGGACCGGAACACCGGGAAUGGUGGUGGACCCUUAGAAAACAUGCGGAAUUUGGAAUUAUAUUUGAACGAUAUCAUGCGUGGAAAUGACAAUCCAGACCAGCAACUUAAAGGAUUUGUCAACUGCAAUCAAAACGCUCUUCAAUCGAUUGCCCAGAUGCACGCAGGUAAUGAUGAUUGUUCUAAGAAAUAUUACCGUAAUCGAUCUUCAAACAAUCCUCGUAGUGGGAAGUGCCUGUUUCCGACGCUAGAGGACCAGUCGAUUCUGGACGACGGGCAGAACCUGAACAACCCACCUCCGACCCUGAGCUCGCCAUCCCGUUCCUCGCCGCACAGCCAGAGCUCCGAGCCCGGCGAGAGAUUCUCCAGGAAAGUUUUCGUCGGCGGACUCCCACCAGACAUCGAUGAAGACGAGAUCACGUCGAGUUUCCGUCGGUUCGGGCCGCUGGUGGUGGACUGGCCGCACAAGGCCGAGAGCAAGUCGUACUUCCCGCCGAAGGGCUACGCGUUCCUGUUGUUCCAGGAGGAGAUCUCGGUGCAGCAGCUCAUGGAGACCUGCAUCCAGGACGAGGACAAGCUGUACCUGUGCGUCUCCUCGCCGACGAUCAAGGACAAGCCCGUCCAGAUCCGACCGUGGCGCCUCUCCGACGCCGACUUCGUCCUCGACGCCUCCAUGCCCCUCGACCCCCGCAAGACCGUCUUCGUCGGCGGCGUCCCCAGGCCGCUCAAAGCAGUCGAGCUAGCGAUGAUCAUGGACAGACUUUAUGGAGGUGUCUGCUACGCUGGAAUUGACACUGACCCGGAACUAAAGUACCCAAAAGGCGCCGGCCGAGUAGCAUUCAGCAACCAGCAAAGCUACAUCGCUGCUAUAUCCGCUCGAUUCGUCCAACUCCAACAUGCCGAUAUCGACAAAAGAGUUGAAGUGAAACCGUACGUGUUAGAUGAUCAGAUGUGUGAUGAAUGUCAGGGACAGCGUUGCGCUGGGAAGUUUGCACCCUUCUUUUGUGCAAACGUCACAUGUUUACAGUACUACUGUGAGCAUUGCUGGGCGACGAUUCACUCCCGACCCGGACGUGAAUUCCACAAACCACUCGUGAAGGAAGGUGCCGACCGACCUCGGGCUGUGCCGUUCCGUUGGUGUUAACAGCAGUGGUUUCAAUGUGCACUCUAAUCCAUAAUCGUAGUCCAAUUACGCUCUUCAUCUAGUUCAAUUUUAAGGAAACUCACGCAAGGACCUAAGCUUGCGUGACUGUAUUACUCAGGAAUUGAAAGCAGCGCCUCCCUUCUCGUUUUCAUAAGAAAAAAAGAAAAAAAAACCAUGUAUUUAUUUCUAGUUUCUCCUCCUCUGUUGGGAAAAACAGAAAAAAAAGUUUAUUUUCUUACUAGAGCAUAUUUUUACCUUUCAUUUUAUCUUUGACAUUUUUAAACGAAUGAUAUUUUAUUUAUAGUUGUGUAUUUUUUAUUUUUUAUGCAAAACGUUUGACUUCUGAUGGUUUUUAGAUAUUUUUUUUCUAUUCCUUCCUCUUUUUAUCCGACUGACUCAACGAACUGCGGGAGAAAAAAUUCAACUCGAUUACAACUUCAGUCGAGAGUCGCUGUAUUUGAAAAUUUAAGAAAUUAUUUUUCAAGGCGCCCAACACUAUUUUUUUGGCUCAGUGUCUGCUAAUUAAGUUUGGCCUUGUUAUUAAAACGUACCUUCUGUUGUUGUCAAUGAAUGUUGCAGCAACGUAAAAUAAAAAAUUUGAUUCAGCGCUGAAUCAUAGUACUGUUCUGACUGUUAUUGUUUUUUGCGAAAGUCUUUUUUGUUGCAAAGCAUUUGAAUUGUACUGUUGUUGCUCCAAUUUGGACCAUCCUGGUGCUAAAGGGGGAGUUUUCUAACUAACUCCAAUAUUUUGUGCAAUACUUUUGGAUGUUCCAGCCAUGAAAGUUUAAUUAGCAAGAAAUUGAAAUAAAAAAUUAGUCAAUGGGACAAGCCAGUCUUUUUAUAACUUUUCAUCGGGAAAAAUGCAGAAAGUAAGAGUUGUAAAGUCUCGUUGAGUCAGUCCAUUCAAUGCUUAUAUUCUCUUGUUGUUUAGAAUUAAGAUCGUGUAAUUAGAGCAUAAAAACACAUCACUUCAUACAUUGGUCCUUUUUAGUGGAUGAUAUCCUAUGAUUCGCCAGCAAGUUUCGAAAUGCAGUUUCGUUUGGAUUCAGAUAAAUACUUAACUUUUAUUUGGAUCUUAUGGAAAUCUUGAAUCCAUCUUGAGAGUUUCUUUUUUUUCAGUAUGACUAUUGAAUAAACGAAGCUCCUUAAAGCAAAGAGUCGUUGAUCUUCUAAGGAGAGCCGAGCAAGUGGCAUAACGGGACGUCAUCUCGGGAGACUAGCAUUUAGCGUUAGAAACGUUAGGAGCAUGUGUUAUUAUUUAAGUGAAAAUGGCUUUUACCAAGUUGUCUAACCACCGAAACUAGCGGAGCUAGAAUGUAUGUAAAACUCUGCUUUUUCUGCUAGUCUCUUCUUCCUGUGCAACAUUUUUCAAAUGACUGUGAAUCAUGUUACCUAUUUUUUAUUUUAUUCACUUUUUUAUUUGUGAGUUUUUUAUACCUUGUAUAUUUUCUCCUUUUUUCAUCGCUGAAGCUGAAGCGGAGAUGCCGCUGCUUUCAAUUCUCCGAGAUUAGUCAAAUUUCAUAAGCAGUUAUACUUUUAAUCAGAUACCUCUUAAUCAGUUCUAGAUCAGUGUAUAGUUGCCCUUGUUUAUGUUUCUUUCCGCUCAGCGGAGCUAUUUGUUCAUACCAUAUAUUUAGAGGGUUCAGUUUUUAUUUUAUUUUUUUUAUUUUUAUCUCUCCUUAGUCAACGUUUCUGUUUUCCUUUCUUCAUCCUUUCUAUUAACUAAUUGUAACUUGUAACUACCUACCUUACUAAAUGCAAGCAUAUAAGUGUGUACUCUUUGUACGUAUACAUACCAUAUUUAAACUUGAAUGUUGUAAUACAAUACCUUAGAUAUAUUUUUUUCUAUUCUCUUCUUUUUACAUUUCAGUGUAAAUAUGAUUUUUCUCGCCUGUUUGUUAUCGGGGAAAGGGGGUAGUACCAAUUUUAUUUUCCAAGAAAAAGUGUUACUUGAUUUCACAGUUUUUAUUUUUACGUUUUGUUAUUUUUUCUUUUUUAUUCAUUUAUUUUUAUCACGUUUUGACUUGGAAAAAUCUUGUAUGUUGUUUCCACUCUAAAGGGACAUCUCUUGCAUAUGCGUGUCUACUUUUGACUCUUGAGAUUGUUGAUUUUUCAAAAACUUAAAUAUUUUUCUCAUUCUUGACAAAAAAAAAAAAAACGGAAAAUGAAAUAUGUAUGUUUUCGAGUAAUGCAAUUUUUAUAAUUUUUCUCUCUUUUUUAUAAUUUUAUGUCUUAAGUAAUUUUGGUUAAUAGGCUAUAAUUAUCUAUUUUAUCAAAUUGAUACACUAAUGGUUUUACUUCGGCGGGUACGGUAAAGUCGAUGUCACGAUUUCCUCUUGCAUGCAGUUCAUUUCUCUCCCUGCGCAACCACACCUAAGAUUAGUGUAAAAUUUUACUACUAUCGACUAUGGUUACUCAUAUUUUAAUUGAAUUAAUUGAGUCUCUUUUAAAUUAAUUUAAAAUUGAUAUAUCAAUUGCUUCUUGCAUUUUGAACCUCUCUUGUGUCAACCGUAUGAAGAUGUUUGAAAUGUGCUAGCAAAUUUUUCAAGGUAGUCCAAAUUGCUGUUGAAUUGAUGUUAAUCAUUGUAAAGUAAUUAGUUCAUACUUUUUGUUUUAUUCUUAGCUAACUUUUUUUUCUCUUUUCUCGGGAAAAAAAACAAAAAAGGUUAUUUUGUUUAUUUGUUUAUUUUUUUUACCCUUGCGCGUAUAGGUAGUUCAAUUUUUACAUUGGAUAGAUAAUUCACGGAAGUUUGUCUGUAGUUAGAAAAUAUUUUGUAAAAAAAAAAUUAAAAAAGAUAUAGCUGUACUUUGCUUAAGAGCAUACUAUUUUUUUAACUGUUGUGUAAAGUCAAAGUGAAUUAGGAGUUUGAAAAACAUUAACUGGACUUUAUGCAUCUCCAUCCAAAAAACAGUGAAUUCUCGGCAAGGUUUUUAUUUCGAUUUGUAGUUUUUACUCCACCAAAUGACCAACUUUCAAUGGUGAUAAUUCCUCCUUUAAAAAGGAAGGGAAACGCCAGCUACUUUCAAGUAAUGACCCUUUAAAAGCAGAUAGAU